UGUGCAAGCAGUGCUGGGCCGAUUCUAUAAAAGAGGGAGAAGAGAGCCGUAAACACCACAGGGAGAUCGGAUUCUAGGGCUGUGGAAGGGGAUCGGGGGCUUGCAGCUGUCUGCAUCCCCUUCUUAUCUUUUCAGGCUUUUAUAUAAGGCCAUUGCUUUCCAACUUCAGCUACAGUGAUAGCUAAGUUUGGAAAGAAAGAGAAAGGGAAGUCGGUUGUUGUGUCCAUUAUAGUCAACAUUUAGUAACGUCAAACCUGAUCGAUCAUAUCGCUAUAUGAGAUCAUCAUGACAAAAGCAAAGGAUACAAAGUCUGCAGGAUGUUGUGGAUCCUGUGUCAGCUAUUUUACCUCUGCAAAAUUUCUCAUGUAUGUUGGACACGCUCUUUCUACGUGGGGAGAUCGCAUGUGGCACUUUGCUGUCUCACUGUUCUUAGUGGAACUGUAUGGAAACAGUUUGCUUCUCACGGCUGUUUAUGGACUUGUGGUUGCAGGCUCUGUCCUUCUUCUUGGAGCUAUCAUUGGAGACUGGGUUGAUAAAAACCCACGGCUGAAAGUGGCGCAGACUUCGUUAAUUGUGCAAAAUGUUUCUGUUAUAAUUUGUGGCAUAAUCCUGAUGGUGGUUUUCUUGUACAAGACCGAACUUUUGUCAAUGUAUCAAGGGUGGCUCUUGCAGCCAGAUAUUCUUUGCAGCAUGAGAUGGUGCAUUGUCAUGCAUGAAGAUGAUUUUAUUACGGAAAGCAUAGUUCUUCCUUCUGUAUCAGGGAAGAAAGUGACCCUCUGCUAUAUCCUGGUUAUUACUAUAGCAAAUACUGCAAAUCUGGCCAGCACAGCUACUGCCAUCACAAUUCAGAGGGACUGGAUUGUUGUUGUUGCAGGAGAAGACAGGAGCAAAUUAGCAGACAUGAAUGCAACAGUGAGGCAAAUCGACCAGCUGACAAACAUAUUGGCUCCAUUGGCGGUUGGACAGAUAAUGACCUUUGGUUCACCUGUUAUAGGAUGUGGAUUCAUUGCUGGUUGGAACUUGGUGUCUAUGUGUGUAGAAUAUUUGCUUCUUUGGAAAGUUUACCAAAAGACACCAGCCUUAGCUAUUAAGUCUUGCAAAAAAUGUGAUGAUGAAGAACUUAAGCAAUUAAAUAUAAAAGUUAUAGAUGCAAACUCCAACAACAGUGAAAAACCUACUGAAGAUGUUCAACUCAUGGGAGAGAAAAGUGUUGUGGCAACUGGAACUUCAGAAACGUCUAUAUGUAGUAAAAAAAUUACAGAGCCUUUUCGCACAUUCCGAAAUGGAUGGGUUGCAUACUACAACCAAUCAGUGUUUUGGGCUGGCAUGGGUCUUGCUUUCCUUUACAUGACUGUCCUUGGCUUUGACUGUAUCACCACUGGGUAUGCUUACACACAAGGACUAAGUGGCUCUCUUCUCAGUAUCCUUAUGGGUGCAUCUGCCAUUUCUGGAAUUAUUGGAACUCUGGCAUUUACCUGGCUCAGAAAAAGAUGUGGUCUAAUUCGUACUGGAUUCAUUUCAGGCAUAGCUCAAGUCAGCAGCCUUGUCCUAUGUGUGGUCUCAGUCUUUAUGCCUGGAAGUCCAUUGGAUCUUACUGUUUCUCCAUUUCAAGACAUUGGUACUCGCUUUCUUGAAGGAGAGCCCUUACCUACAGUAUCUCCAGGUGGUGUUCUCCAAGAGUCCUUCACAAUCGGCAUACAAAAUAUCUGGAAUAACUCCAGCUCAGCAACCAGUAAACCAGAUGUUUCAAGUCCAUUGACCUCAGUCAGUUUUCUUUUUGCUGGAGUUAUUGCAGCUAGAGUAGGUCUUUGGUCCUUUGAUCUGACAGUAACUCAGCUUCUUCAAGAAAAUGUCAUUGAGUCUGAAAGAGGCAUUAUAAAUGGUGUCCAGAACUCUAUGAAUUAUCUUCUGGAUCUUCUACAUUUCAUCAUGGUGAUCUUGGGACCCAACCCAGAAGCCUUUGGCUUGCUUGUUCUUAUUUCGGUGUCAUUUGUUGUCAUGGGCCACAUAAUGUAUUUUCGAUUUGCUUACAAAAAUGUUGAAAUGCUGUUAUUUUCUUGCUCUUCCUCAGAGCUGAAAACAGUGGCAAGUGAUCAGCAAUGCGGAAAUUCUUCUGUUUAAAAGGGCAAUAAGUUCAGUAACCAUUUAUCAUCUUAUGUUGUGCAUGUGUUCUCUAGAUGUGUUAGUUCUUGUUUUAUUAAACAUACUUGGGAAAUUUGAAAAAAAACAUCAAAUAUUGUGGUAGAGAUCCUCAACUAUGUUGAUUUGGCUUAUUUCUUUCUCAAAUGCUCCAAAGGCUAGCAUCACAAUUAAUUGUAGCACUAUGUUUGGGAUAUCAGUAAAUGUUCCCAACAUUUUCUUUAACUUUUUUCACAGGCCAAUAGAUGUAUUCUGGCCAAACGCAUUCCAAAAUAAUGCUUUAUUAAUAAUAUAUUAGUCUAAAUUUGCUGUGAUAAAAAACAAACAAAAUUAACUGUGUGGCACAUUCCAUAAACCCCCACGUAGAACAUUGGCAAAACUUGGUGUGAACCUUCUUAACAUUUAUACUAAGCAUUUUCUAGAUACUAUGAUCUCAGUCUCACAGUAAAGGUUUUUAUUUGUAUAAUGAUUUCAUAAUUAAAUCAAUGAAUAUGAAAA